GGAACUUUCUAUUGUACAUUGUGGAGGUGUGUCAAGAUGGUGUCGGCUGCUGCAGUGAGUUGUACUCCGCCCCUCUGCAGUCCUCUGGGUCUGGACCCGGGGUUUAAAAUUGACGUGUGCAUCCAUGAGCCAUUAUGGGUGGUCCCGGUAACCAGGGGCGACGUUGCCGUGGAGAUCGUGACUCUAUGUUCACAGCUGGAACUUCUUUGUGAGAAGGAGAUGAACGAGGGGGUUUCCAGAGAGUUUUCAUCUCAGGACAGGUACAGGAAGUCCCUGAGCCCCACGUUUGAGUCCCAGGCCAUGGUGCUGAUAGGGAAGAUGAGGGAAGCUCUGAACAGGCUACCACAGCCACCUGCUUUUAUACAGGACUACUUACAAAGCACUAGUCUUGCCGGCAUGUUUCCCCGAGCUGCAGCAUACAUCGCUAAUCCACAGACUCUCUACAACCUGGGACAACAGGGCAGUAUGGAUGAGUACUUCCAGCACAUGGCAAGCCUACACCUGGUGUCUUCCAUGUGUCGUCAGCUCAACUCAGUAGUCCACAAUCUCACCAACUAUGAACACAUCGCUCAUCGGGUGGCAGUACCCAAACCAUUCUGUUAA